AUGGCAGAGAAACCCAGGCUCUACUACUUUAAUGGAAGAGGUCGGAUGGAAUCCAUUCGAUGGCUCCUAGCAGCUGCUGGAGUUGAGUUUGAAGAAGUAAUUUUGGAAACAAGAGAACAAUACUUAAAGUUGCUGGAGGAUGGAUAUCUGCUCUUUGAUCAAGUGCCUUUGGUGGAAAUGGAUGGAAUGAAACUCACCCAAACCCGAGCCAUUCUUAGCUACCUGGCUGCUAAAUACAACCUGUAUGGGAAGGACCUGAAAGAAACAGCACUGAUUAACAUGUAUGUGGAUGGCACCUUGGACCUGAUGAUGUCAAUUGCACUACUUCCUUUCAAACCAUCUGACCAAAAGCAGAAGGAGGCAGAGCUCGUGGUGGAGAAAGCCAAAAGCCGGUACUUCUCUGUCUUUGAAAAGCCUUGA